AUGGAUUCUGGAAACAACAGUGCAAGUCUACAGUCAUCAAGUGGUGGUGGUGAUGAAGAGUACGACUCACGUGCUGCUGCUGAUUCUUUUUCUUCUGCUAAUUUUCACACACAAAAUACCUCCAUGUUUGACCCUUUUGCCAAUUAUUUCAACCCCAUCUCACGCCAACCACCAUUAACACCGUCAUUGAACUACCCAGCUUCACUUUUCAAUCUUGAUACAGAUUGGUCCAAAACCCUAAGAUCUGACCACAAUAAUUCUCCUCAUCAGAUCAACAACAGCCACAUGUCGUUAUUAGAAACAUCAUCUUCUAAUUCCUUAUCCUUUCACGGUGCUUCUAGUUUCCCUUCUGCCGCGGCUGAACAUGGUGGUGGUGGUAGCGUGACUAUUACUACUACUACAACUACUACUGAACCGGCGGCGGCUGUGCCACGAGUAGAUCAACCAAUUACACAACUGGCAGUACGUAAUCCAAAGAAAAGAUCAAGAGCUUCAAGAAGAGCACCAACUACUGUGUUGACAACAGACACAACUAAUUUCAGAGCUAUGGUUCAAGAAUUUACUGGGAUUCCUGCACCACCCUUUACUUCUUCAUCAUAUUUUCAUCCUAGAACCAGAUUUGAUAUAUUUGGUGCUACACCUAAUUCCUCCUUAAGACCUCCUCUUAACAUUUCACAACCACCUAAUUAUCUACGAAGGCCUUUUCCUCAAAAAAUUCAACCACAACAACCAGGCUCUACACCCUUCCUUUCUCCUUCAUCAUCACAAUCUUCUUCAUUGUUGAGUUGUUUGGCUAACAAUAUUGCUUCUGCUUCAACUACUAGUGCUGCUAACAAUAUUCCACAAAAUUGUAAUCUUUUUACAAAUAUUCAACACAACUCAAUUCUCACAUCACUUCUUCAGUCAUCUCAAAAAUACCCACUUGAGAGUUCCACCAUUCUUGGCUCCAAAGACCUAGAGCAAUUCCAAAUACCAUCAUCAAAUGACUCGCAGCUCAAAAUGGGUAGUGUUGUUUUGGAAGAUUAUGGACUGAGCAGCCACAAUCUUGGACAUAAUUCGAGUGGGCUUCCUAAUCUUAUUUCUCCAGAACAAGCUGCAACAACUAGGAACCAGAACAAUAUUAUUCAUGGAGAUAAAGUGCAGGAAACAGUAGGAAGCAGAGGUGAAGGUAUGGUGGAAUCAUGGAUUAAUUCUUCACACUAG